AUGCUGGGGGCCCCCCAAAUGAAUUCCUUUGGGGGCCCCCUGUCGAGGUCUGGGGGGGCCCCCCGCUGCUCUCCGCCAGAAGAACAGGGCACGCAGGGGAACCAAGGGAACCCUGGGGGGCCCCCCGGGGGACCCUGGGGCCCCAGGGGCCCCCUUGUGAAAGCCUUUGUGAGGAGACUCGAUUGGAGGACGGGGGGGCCCUGGGGGCCCCUCUCCUCGCCUCGAGCAGGCUGCGUGGACGAGGGGCCCCUGUGCAACAGGGGGGGGCCCCAGUAUUACGAUGCGGAUGAAGGGGGCCCCCAGGGGGGGGCGGCUGACGCGUUGGGGGCCCCUGCCGGGGGCCCCCUUCAUUCGGGGGCCCCGGGGGCCUCCGGGGCCCCGGGGGGCCCCCACAAAGACCGGUUUGAGUGGACAGAGGAAGAGAAGGAAACACUCAAGAAGAGAGGGGCCCUCGACUUUGUUAUUGCCUCGGAUGGUAUGAUUAGGCCCUAA